UCCCAAAUUAACGUGUAGACUUUGAAAUCAAAUUAACGUAGUGAUUCCCACGUUCCACCAUCCUCCUAACCUUUUUCUUCAUCACCACUCAAUAUCUGCAACAUUCUUUGUAAUGUACAUGUAACUUCCCAACUUAAAUAUUUUUCUUAUGUAACCAACUUCAUUGCCGACCAAUAUUCCUUAGUCGCAAAACCUCUUUUCUUUAUGUUCAUCACAUUGUCCGAAACGUAUUGUUUUCUUUAGGAAAGAGCAGGAAGACUCGACCGUGUGAGAAGAGAUAGAGAGAGUGAGAAGACGCCGCAAGCCCCAGCAUUGGUGGUUUGGCGGUGGUCGAGUCGUCCUGGAGCUGUCUCGUUGUUUCUCGACGGCGGAGAAGGAAGAAAACGAGCGGCUAACCAUGGACAUUGGUGGUCCAACCAAUAUCCAACACGUGGCUCACGUGACCUUUGAUCGCUUCAACGGUUUCCUUGGCCUGCCUUCUGAGUUCGAGCCUGAUGUCCCCCAAAAAGCACCCAGUGCAAGUGCAUCAGUGUUUGGGGUUUCGACAGAGUCAAUGCAAUUAUCAUAUGACUCGAGAGGGAACUGUGUUCCCGUGAUACUCCUACUAUUACAGAGUAGGCUAUAUGAUCAAGGAGGCUUGCAGAUAGAAGGAAUAUUCAGAAUAACAGGAGAGAACAGUGAGGAAGAGUAUGUAAGGGAGCAGCUAAAUAAAGGGUUGAUACCUGAUGGGAUCGAUGUCCAUUGUCUAGCUGGACUUAUCAAGGCUUGGUUCAGAGAGCUACCGAGAGGGGUACUGGAUCCUCUACCAGCGGGGCAAGUGAUGCAGUGCGAGUCAGACGAUGAUUUUGUCAAGGUUGUGAGGCUCUUGCCUCAGACAGAAGCUUCUCUUCUCAAUUGGGCAAUCAAUCUCAUGGCUGAUGUAGUUCAGUUUGAGCAUGUUAACAAGAUGAACUCUCGUAACCUUGCUUUAGUCUUUGCCCCUAACAUGUCUAAGAUGGCAGAUCCAUUGACUGCAUUGAUGUAUGCGGUUCAAGUGAUGAAGUUGCUAAAGAGCCUCACAGAGAAAACCCUAGGAGAAAGGGAAGCCACGUCUACCCAUGUUGAUACAAGGUGCAGCAAUGAAGCUGAAGAAGGUGAGAAAGAAGAAGAAGAAGAAGAAGAGGAGGAGAUGGUGUGUACAUAACUGAGGAAGAAGCGUCAGUGAUAAUAAAAGUGGUUGUUGAUGAACACAAGGCAUGAUGCAUGAAGAUUUGCGUUUGAGGGUUUUAAUACUUCUGAUUCAAAGGGAGUUGAUGGAGUUGUGCAGCCACUCAUUUGCAAACCGAACCCCAUAUACAAGUGUAACUGAUGUUCUUUAUCUUCUUCAUUUCUUUGUCUUUACAAGUGUUUUUUAUCUUUCUUUAGUAUAUUGUGUGUCUUGGCUGCUUUUUAAAAUAUAUUUGUGUAUGUAACUUCUAGGUAAUGUAUGUAGUUUGUUGUUGAAUGAUGAUAUGAUAUGAGUCUACUAAUUCUAUGGGAUGAUAAGCAAAAUGUACAUGCCUUUCUACUCAAACCAAAUUCCUAGCCUGUCCAUCGGCAACAAACCUACUAUUGUUAUCCAUGUGUCGAACCAAAAAAGAUGUAAUUCGUAUCUUAGAGCAUGAUUAUCGCCCAAAACGUUUUUUGGGUUCUUAAAUUUUUUUUUUCUGG